AUGCGGCCUCUCCUCAGCGCCGCCGCCGCCGCCCUCCUCCUCCUCCUCCUCCCCCUCGCGGCCGGCCAGCGACUCCGCGGCUUCUCCUACCAACUCGACUGCGGCGCCGCGAGCUCCUCCACCGACAGCCGCGGCCUCCGCUGGGACCCCGACGGCCCCUACGUCUCCGCCGGCUCCGCCCGCCCGCUCUCGGCCCAGGGCCUCCUCGACCCCACCCUCGCCUCCCUCCGCGUAUUCCCGUACCGCCCCGCCGCUAAGUUCUGCUACGCGCUCCCCGUCGACCCCAAUCGCCACUACCUGCUCCGCCCCACCUUCUUCUACGGCCCCACCUCGACGGCCCCGCCCGUGUUCGACCUCAUCGUCGACGGCACCUUCUGGACCGCCGUCGACACCGCCGAUGACAUCCUGGCCGGCAGCGCCUCGCACUACGAGGCCGUGUUCCCGGCCAGGGGCAGGAACUUGACCUUCUGCAUCGGCGUCAACCCCGACUACACCAACUCCGGCCCGUUCAUCAACGCGCUGCAGGUCAUCCAGCUCCAUGAUUCGGUGUACAACGCCACCGAUUUCACGGGCAGCGCCAUGGGCCUCAUUGCGCGCACCAAGUUUGGCUCGACUGGCGACGUCGAGAGGUACCCUGAUGACAGUUUUGACCGCUAUUGGCAGCCAUUUCCAGACAGCAAACAUGCAGUCAGUAGUACCCACAACGUUACAUCAGCCGAUUUCUGGAAUCUUCCUCCUCCUGACGUAUUUAAUACAGCUUUGGUAGCAGAACAAAAUGCACCCUUGGUGUUGCAAUGGCCGCCGAUAUCUCUUCAGAAUGGCAGCUAUUAUGUUUCUCUUUAUUUUGCUGAUACAUUGGCUAAUAGUUCGAGGACCUUGGAUGUGAAUAUUAAUGAUUACCAGUUUUACCAAGGGACUGUAACAUCAGCUGGUCUUUCUGUCUUUGCAACUCAAUGGAUUCUCUCAGGCCUAACCAGAGUUAUAUUGACUUCUAAGUCUGUUCUUCCACCACUUAUCAAUGCUGGCGAAGUCUUUGGAAUUUUUCCCAUCGGAAGACUGACAAUUACACGUGAUGCGCUUGCUAUGGAGAGUAUGAAGAGAAGCCUCCAAAACAUACCUGAUGAUUGGAUUGGAGAUCCAUGUAUGCCUCAUGGAUAUGCUUGGACUGGAGUUACAUGUCAGGAAGGACAAAAUGAAAAUAUACGUGUCAUUUCAUUGAACUUUUCAGGUAUGGGUAUCUCCGGAUCUCUGUCGCCUGACAUUGCAAAUCUGACUGCUCUUAUUGAUAUAUCUUUUGCAAACAAUAGCUUGUCUGGAACUAUUCCUGAUCUCAUCAAUCUGGGACAACUCCAACGACUGCACCUGAAUGAUAACAAGUUGAAUGGAACAAUAGCUGAGACGUUGGGGACAAUUCAGCCCUUGCGUGAACUAUUCUUGCAAGACAAUGAGCUGGGUGGAGCAGUUCCACAGAACUUGCUGAACAAAACAGGGUUGACUAGCAAGUUUUGUCCGGGCAACCAGUUCACACAACCACAGUGCUGA